AUGAGCUCCUUCUCCAACAUGUGGAGUCAGCAAGACCUGGGGCGUCAUCAGCCCCCACCCCCAGGAAACAGGCUUGUAGCUUGUCCUUGCUGCCCAUGGGAGCCAGGCCGCCUCUCCUGGGAGAGCCAAGCAUGCGCUUACAAGGACAAGCUGCCCUUCUGGUUCUGUGCAUGCUUGCCAGGAAGUUCUUCCUCUAGUCUCCCCCUAACCCCUCUGGCCACCUUAUUUAUCACCCCAAGCCAGUCUUGGCAGCCCUGAAGGGCCAGGGACAGGUUGUAAGUGUUUCGAUUUGUUUUUUGUAAUGUUUACCGAGUACUUCCUGCAUGCCAAGCACUGUUUAAGAACAUGAAAUGUGUUAAUUCACUUAAUCCUUAUAGCAAUUGUAUGAGGUAGGUACUGUUAUUAUCCCUAUCUUGAUGAGAUAGCUGAAGUACAGAGAGGCUAAGUAAUUUGCCUAAGAUCACACAGCUAGUGCUUGAAAGGGGGGUCAUGGAGCCCUCAGGAUUUUGAGGCCAUAUGGCUCCAGUGUCUGCAUUCUUAACCCUCGCCCCGGCUGCCUCUGUUGGGGACAGAGUUCCUGAACAGUCUGGGCUGGCCUGAGUUAGAUGUCAGGAAGAGAAAAAGGAUGCAUUUUGAGUGUCCCUUCCUCCUGACUGAGUCUUCCAAUAUCUGUGAGAAACGUGGGCACUGCUGUCAGCCUGUUUGCCGGAAAGGUGGCAAGCCCGGAGAGGUGCAGCGAUCUGCCAGCUCAUAGCCAGCAAGUAGCAGAGAGCUCUGGCCCCUUGGAACCCAGCUCUGCACAUAACUGUGUCUGAAGCAGGAUGGGAGAAGGUACGUGAUACCCACUUGGACCUGGGCCUGGGGGAGUCGGGGAAGCUGAAAUGAAAGUGGGAACUGGGGGGCUUGCCCCCCAUGCCCCUCACAGUUGCAGGACAAUAGCUUCCGUGCUGGGAGCAGGUGUUCUCUAUGCCAGGUUUAAGCAUUUUUACAUUCAACAAUUCUGAGUUUUUUAGACAAGGCAUAGACUGGCUAACUGUCCAUGGUUCAUGCAAGUAGUAAGCAGGAGAACUGGCAUUUGAACCCAGGCAGUCUGGCCAUGGCUGAGGCCCAGAGAGGGCUGGUGAGUAGCCCAGGGUCACACAGCCACCGCCCCAGAACUAGGAGCUGCUGGCUCCCUUCCAGCCCAGGAAAAGCAGUGCCUCUGACUCUGCUAACUGGGGGUGGAGCCAAGGCGGAGCUAGGGAGACUGGCGGCCUGUCUGAGCUCCAGUGGCAGCGGCAGAGUGGCCUGGAGAAGCAUGAGACAGAGCCACGGACUGGGGCUGCUGCUCCUGGGAGCAGUGGUCCUCACAGAGGGUCUCCAGGCAGCUCAGCGCGCCUGUGGACAGCGUGGCCCUGGCCCCCCCGAACCUCAGGAGGGCAACACGGGGCCUGGUGAGUGGCCGUGGCAGGCCAGUGUGAGGAGGCAGGGGGUUCACAUCUGCAGCGGCUCGCUGGUGGCAGACACCUGGGUCCUCACUGCUGCCCACUGCUUUGAAAAGGUGGCAGUGACAGACCUGAAAUCCUGGUCAGUCGUGCUGGGUUCUCUGCAGCGUGAGGGGCUGAGCCCAGGGGCUGAGGCUGUGGGGGUGACAUCCCUGCAGCUUCCCAGGGCCUAUAACCACUACAGCCAGGGCUCAGACCUGGCGCUGCUGCAGCUCGCCCAGCCCAUGGCCCAAAUGCCUGUCUGCCUGCCCCAACCUGCCCAUCGCUUCCCCUUUGGGACCUCAUGCUGGGCCACGGGCUGGGACCAGGACACCAAUGAGGGUGAGUGGCUUUCCCCAACUGAAUCCCCAGGAGGCACUGCACUAGCCCAUGGUCACAGCUCUGGCUGCAGCAGUCCCUGCUCCCAGUCUCCCUUGCUUCCCAGAGCCCAGACCGCAACCCCCUUUCUCUUGCCAGCUCCCCAGACCCUGCGGAAUCUGCGCCUGCGUCUAAUCAGCCGCCCCACGUGUAACUGUCUCUACAACCGGCUGCACCAGCGGCUGCUGGCCAGCCCAGCCCGGCCUGGGAUGCUGUGUGGGGGUGCCCAGCCCGGGGUGCAGGGGCCGUGUGAGGGAGAUUCUGGGGGUCCUGUGUUGUGCCAAGAGCCCAAUGGACGCUGGCUUCAGGCUGGGAUCAUUAGCUUCACAUCAAGCUGUGCCCAGGAAGACACUCCUGUGCUGCUAACUGACAUGGCUGUUCACAGCUCCUGGCUGCAGGCCCGAGUUCAGGGGGCAGCCUUUCUGGCCCAGAACCCAGGGACUCUGGAGAUCAGCGAUGAGGACAGCUGUAUAGCCUGCGGGUCCUUGAGGAGAGACGGUCCCCAGGCAGGAGCCCCCUCCCCAUGGCCCUGGGACGCCAGGCUGAAGCACCAGGGGAAGCUGGCCUGUGGCGGGGCCCUGGUGUCCGAGGAGGCCGUGCUGACCGCUGCCCACUGCUUCAUUGGGCGGCAGAGCCCAGAAGAAUGGAGUGUAGGGCUGGGGGCUGGGCCAGUGGAGCGGGGCCUCAGGCAGCUCAUACUGCAUGGAGCUUACACCCACCCAGAGGGCGGCUACGACGUGGCCCUCCUGCUACUGGCCCAGCCCGUGACACUGGGUCCUAGCCUGCGGCCCCUCUGCCUGCCCUUCACAGACCACCGCCUGCCUGAUGGGGGACGUGGCUGGGUCCUGGGGCUGGCCCACCAUGGAGCAGGCACCGGCUCCCCUCAGACAGUGCCUGUUACACUCCUGGGCCUCAGGGCCUGCAACCAGCUACACACAACCCUUGAGAGUGAUGGCAUCACCAUUCUGCCAGGGAUGGUGUGUACCAGCAUUGUGGGGGAGCUCCCCCGCUGUGAGGCCAACCAGCCGGCUGUUGACAGGUGGCUCUGGGAUGCUACAGACAUGUCACUGCCGCUGCGCCUCCCUCCCCAAGUGAUGCCAGGCACUGGGAAGGCCCAAGUGCCCAGUGGGCUCCAGGAAGGCAGCUGCCCCGCUCCUCACCCUGCAAGACAGGGAGAUGUCGCUGUGGACGCUCCCUACUCGGCCCUGCUCUCCGACCAGGAGUCCCAGCUUUCUCUGUAUUUUCAUCCCCAGAUACAAUCACACCAACCACAUACUUUGAAAAAAUUUUUGGGUGGGGGUGCAAUUUUCCUUUCUUAAAUAAAUUGUUACAAAAUAGACUUUAGAAAAUAAGUUACAAAUUGUAGUAAAAGGCCCCCCUUCCACAGGCAACAUUCCUACCCGCAGCUCUUUGAAUGGUCUCUUCCUGGUGUUGGAAUCUGGUUGGUGAGGGAGCUGGUCACAGGAAAGAGCAAGGUGACAAAGGCUGGGGAAAGAGGUCCUUCAGACAGGGAUGUCAGGAAUACCUCAGCCCCAACUUCGG